AUGAGCCAUCAACCAUUAGAUUUUGCAGAUCCUGCUUCCAAAACCUUAUUGGAAUUUAAAAAUUUGCACGGCAUUAAAGUGUCGCCGGGCAUUUUCAUAGGACAAUCUAAUAUCACAGACAAGACUAAAUGCAUUGGGGGAUUUAUUGACUGGAACAAGUUAGACAUAUCAAAGUCAAAAAACGGUAUGAUAGAGCUGCUGCGAAUACCCGAGCUAAGCACUUUCUCCAUCCAUACGAUACUCAAAAUUGUGAACCAGCCAGAGCAGUAUCCUAGCCAAGUGCACUUUGAAGAAACCAGUGCACGGGUAAUGGCCCUUUUUGGCGCAUGCUCUGAAAAUUCGGUCAUUAUGGCUCGCCUUUCCGAGACUCUAGUUUUGAUAGUAUAUUUUAUCAUUUUUGCCGGGCUAGAAAGGGCAGGAUACAAAACUCCCACGGUUAUAUCGACGUACUUGAAUGAAGUUCUCUUGAAAACUGACGUUGGCUCACCGUACAACGAUCUUCCUUUGUUCCAUGAGAAAGCCGAUAGAAAAACUUUGGUUCAAUACGGUUUAGCUGACAUGCACGCUUUGUACAGGAGCUUAGUUGAAUUUUGGGAAACCAGCUUUGAGACUGUUAGCGACUCGUACAUGUUCGUGGUCUCCAAAAUUAUGGCCAGUAUAAUAUCACGCUCUUUGGAAAUUCCUCAUGAAAGUGCGCAAGGCAGUGACGAUUUUUACGUUCAAAGUACUCUAGUCCCUGUUAUCGAUUAUAUGAAUCACGACAAUAAAUUGGCAAAUGCUCAUUUCGACGUUGACCGUCACACAAACAGCGUUAUCCUACUACUGGAUCUGGAUCGUUGUGUCAAAGAUCAGAGGUUCUGUGAAGUUUUUAUCAGCUACUCGCCGAUAGACGAAAUUAUUCACUUCGAGAAAGUCUACGGUUUCUCUCCCUUAGUUGAUAAACGACAUGGGGCAUUACUAUAUCUUUGCCUUGACAAAGAAUUUCUAAUGAAUAGUUCGGCGCUCGAUUUAUUCUACAAGUGGAUGUCAAUAAAGCCUUGCCUUCAGCUCUGUUGGUACGAGAACGAUGUUUUUAUCAAUGACACCAUGGAGCAUUUCCAAGAGUUGGCUAUUCCUUUUAUAGCAAAUGGGAUUUCACAGGGGCCGAAAUCCACUUUCACAUAUGAUACGCAGAAGCAUGAGAUUUACUCCUACUUCUUCGCUAAGGCUCGCAAUGAUGAAAGUGGAAACUAUUCCGAUUUUUGUGAAAGGAUGGUCGAAUCUCACGAAAACAAUGGUUCAGAAGCUAUCGAACUGCCACAGCUUGCAUGGAUAUAUCAUUAUGAGACUGAAGGGAAAAGUCGUGGCAGAAGAUUUGAUAAAUAUCAAAUUUUGGAGGUUUCUAAAGCGGCUAUUCCGCUGGCUAUCCAAAGACUGCGGACCUUUUUGUGGCAGUAUCUCGAGUGGCGACAAACUCAACUGUCUAAGAGCUUCCCUGACCUAUCGAAUUCGGGCAAAGCACUGGCUGAGCAGGAGCUACAGGCGAUUAGGCAAACUGCUAAGCAGGCCUCAUUGGGUAAGCCCAUUUAUUUGAGUGAGAUUGAUCUUCCUUCAUCCUUUAAUGUUCCUCAGGAGUGUUACAUUCCUCCAUUCCUCCAGAAUUCGGGCCAUAAUUAUGUGGCAGUGUCAGAAAGAGAUAAUGUACCAGUCGCAGAAAAGUCUUCGUUCUCAAACGAAGAUUAUCAAUACUAUGAAGAGUUCUUUUUGCCUUGA